AUGGACAGCCAGAAACUUGCCAGUCUGCUCCAGGAGAGCCAGGUCCCCGACACGACACGAAUCAAGGCCAUCACGGCCGAGCUCCAAAAGAACUACUAUGCGCACCCCGAGUCGCUGCUCGCCCUCAUCGAGAUCGUCUGCACCCACAGCGAUGUGACCGUCCGCCAGCAGGCCGCCGUCCAGGCCGCUCGCCUCGUGCCGCGCCACUGGAAGUCGCCUUCGGCCGACCAGAAGACCGCCGUCCGCAAGCACCUCCUGGAUGCGACCCUUCAGGAGCAGCAUGCCAAGUGCCGCCACUCGGACGCCCACCUCGUCGCCGCCAUUGCCACCUUUGACUUUGACGACGGUGAGUGGCCCGAGCUGCUGCCCGCCCUCUUCACCCUGGCCACCAGCAACGAGCCCGCCCAGCGCGAGAUCGGCUCCUACAUAAUAUACUCGACCCUCGAGGCCAACCCCGCCAUCUACAAGGACCACGUCCAGAAGCUGCUCGGCCUCUUUGCCCAGCUUAUCAAGGACCCUGCCAGCGCCGACGUCCAGGUCAACACCGUGCUGUCCGUCGGUGCCCUGCUGGUGCUGAUCGAGGCCGACGAGGACGAGGACGAGGACGCUGUGGCGGCCGUGCGCGACCUCGUGCCCCAGAUGGGCCUCGUGCUCAAGAACGCCGUCGACGCCAGCGACGACGACAAGAUCCAGGCCGUCUUUGACGUCCUGCAGCAGUUCCUCGUCUUCAGCCCGGCCUUUGUGGGCGUCCACCUCAAGAGCCUCGUCCAGUUCAUGAUCGACCUGUCCGCCAACAAGGACGCCGACGACGACGUCCGCGUCCAGGCCAUGUCCUACCUGACCCAGACCGUCCACUACCGCCGCCUCAAGAUCCAGGCCAUGCGCGACAUGGCUGCCCACCUCGUCGUCAAGAGCAUGGAGAUCCUGACCGAGAUUGGCGACGACGAGUCCAUCGACGAGGAGACCCCCGGCCACCUGGCCCUGAGCCUGCUCGACGCCCUCGCCAGCUCCCUGCCGCCCCGCCAGGUCCUCGUGCCCCUGCUGGAUGAGUUCCCCAAGUACGCCUCGUCCGCCGACCCGGCGCGGCGCAAAGCCGCGAUCCUGGCCCUCGGCAACUGCGCCGAGGGCGCCCCCGACUUUGUUAACACCCAGCUCAAGUCCAUCCUGCCCGUCGUCGUCCAGCUGCUCAACGACCCGGACGAGACCGUGCGCCACGCCUCGCUGGUCGGCCUCACCGGCCUGGCCGAGGAGAUGCCCGAGUCCAUUGCCGUCGAGCACGAGGCCAUCAUGACGGCCAUCCUCAAGAACCUGCAGGCGUCCAUGGUCCCGUCCGCCAACCCGGAGGAGACCAAGAAGAACAGCCAGGUGAUCCGGGCCGCCUGCACGGCCUUUGAUGCCGUCUCCAACGGCCUCAAGGGCGAGACCAUGAAGCAGUACGCCCUGCAGCUGAUCGAGCCCAUUGGCCAGCUGUUUGGCCACCCGGACCUGCGCGUCAAGAUUGCCGCCGCCAGCGCCCUCGGCGCCAUUGCCGAGCCGCUCGAGCAGGACUUUGCGCCCUACUUUGAGAAGAGCAUGCAGGCCCUCGGCAGCUACGUGACCAUCAAGGGCGAGGAGCUCGAGCUGCAGCUGCGCAGCGCCGUGCUCGACUCCAUCGGCCGCAUCGCCGUCGCCGUCGGCGCCAAGAUGUUCCAGCCGUACGUCGUCGACCUCAUGAAGGCCAGCGAGGAGGGCCUGACCCUUGAGGACGACCGGCUCCGUGAGAGCAGCUUCAUCUUCUGGGCCUCGCUCGCCAAGGUCUACGGCCGCGACUUCAAGCCGUUCCUGCCGGGCGUGCUCAAGGCCCUGCUGGACGCCCUCGACGGCGAGAGCGACGACACCGUCAUCAACCUGACCGACGAGGAGAAGGCCAUCAUCGCCGCCGGCGGUGUGUCGGGCAAUGUGCUGGUCGGCGGCAAGAAGGUCAAGAUUGAGGACCUCAAUGCCGAAGACCUCGACGCGUCGGACCUCAUGGGCGACAGCGACGACGACGACGAUGACGACGACGACGACUGGGCCAACAUUGACAGCGAAGCCGAGGAGAAGGAGGUCGCCAUCGAGGUGCUGGGCGACAUCAUCUCCAACGCCUGCGGCGAGGAGGAGAUGCAGGAGUUUUUGGAGAAGGCUGUGAGCGCCGCCGUCGACCUGACUGAGCACCACUACGGCGGCGUGCGCAAGGCGGCCGUCGGCAUGCUGUGGCGCUCGUAUGCGCGCGUGUGGCAGCUGACCGAGGAGUCGACGGGCAGCAAGUGGCAGCCGGGCUUCCCGCCCAAGGCGGCGCCCACACCGCUGCUGACCAAGCUGGCCGAGAUGGUUGUGCGUCCGACCCUCGACCUGUGGACCGACGAAGCUGAGCGUGAUGUCGUUACGGACGUCAACCGCAACGUGGCCGCCACCCUCGAGACCUGCGGCCCCGCCAUCCUGGCCCAGGAGAACGCCGUCCAGGAGAUUGUGUCGGUUCUCGGGCAGAUCAUCACCCGCUCGCACCCGUGCCAGCAGGACGUCGGCGACGAGGAGGAUGCGCAGACCGCCGAGGAGAGCUCCGAGUACGACUGGCUCGUGGUCGAGACCGCGCUGGACGUCGUCAUGGCCCUGGCCACGGCCAUUGGCUCUGCCUUUGGCGAGCUGUGGAAGAUCUUUGAGAAGCCCAUCACCAAGAUUGCCAGCUCCAACGAGUCGUACGAGCGCUCGGCGGCCGUCGGCACCAUUGCCAGCUGCGCCGGCGCCAUGGGCGCCACCGUCACGCCGUACACGACGCCCCUGCUCAAGCUCAUUGUGCACCGCCUCAGCGACGAGGACCUCGAGACCAAGAGCAACGCCGCCUUCGCCGCGGGCCAGCUGGUCGCCAGCUCCACGGACAGCAAGACGUACCUGGCCGCCUACCCGACGCUCCUCGAGAAGCUCGAGCGCCUGCUGGCCAUGGACGACACGGGCCACCGCAUGUACGACAACGCGGCCGGCGCGCUGUGCCGCCUGAUCACGGCGCACCCGGACCAGGUGUCGAUCCCCGACUACCUGCCCGCCGUCGUGGCGCGCCUGCCGCUCAAGGAGGACUACGAGGAGAACAAGAACAUUUACACGUGCCUCUUCCACCUGUACGAGCAUAGCGAGCCGACGGUGCAGCAGCUGACGCCGCAGCUGCUGCCCGUGUUCCAGCAGGUGCUGGGCGCGCCAGAGGAGCAGCUGGACGACGAGACGCGCGCGCUUGUGCAGCAGAUUGUGGCCAAGCUCAACUAG